GACGCUGGGUGGAGGAGGUGCAGGGAGGGAAAGGAGGAAGGCCGAGAGGACCGGGCGGCCGGUGGCCGGCGGAGGUGGCAGGGGGAGAAGGAGGAGCUGGAGGAGGGCAGGGGCUGAGGGAGUGAGUGAGAGAAGCGGACGCGCCAGGGAGGGGAGGGAAGGGGGGUCACGCGGGGGCGCGCGCGCGCACUGGGAGCGCGCUCGGAGGCGAGUGGAACUGGAUCGGGUUUGCUGCCAGCGGCGUGAGCUUCGGCCGCCAUUUUACAACAGCUCCACUCGCGCCGGACACAGGGAGCAGCGAGCACGCGUUCCCCGCCACCCGACCCGGUCGGACAGGAUUCCUCGGCCGCAGCCCCGCGGGGAGAUCUCUGGAAACAUGGCUACAGAACAUGUUAAUGGAAAUGGUACUGAAGAGCCCAUGGAUACUACUUCUGCAGUUAUCCAUUCAGAAAAUUUUCAGACAUUGCUUGAUGCUGGUUUACCACAGAAAGUUGCUGAAAAACUAGAUGAAAUUUACGUUGCAGGGCUAGUUGCACAUAGUGAUUUAGAUGAAAGAGCUAUCGAAGCUUUAAAAGAGUUCAAUGAAGACGGCGCAUUGGCAGUACUUCAACAGUUUAAAGACAGUGAUCUCUCUCAUGUUCAGAACAAAAGUGCCUUUUUAUGUGGAGUCAUGAAGACUUACAGGCAGAGAGAGAAACAAGGGACCAAAGUAGCGGACUCUAGUAAAGGACCAGAUGAGGCAAAGAUUAAGGCACUCUUGGAAAGAACAGGCUACACACUUGAUGUGACAACCGGACAGAGGAAGUAUGGGGGACCACCUCCAGAUUCCGUUUAUUCAGGUCAGCAGCCUUCUGUUGGCACUGAGAUAUUUGUGGGGAAGAUCCCCAGAGAUCUAUUUGAGGAUGAGCUUGUUCCAUUAUUUGAGAAAGCUGGACCUAUAUGGGAUCUUCGUUUAAUGAUGGACCCACUCACUGGUCUCAACAGAGGUUAUGCGUUUGUCACUUUUUGUACAAAAGAAGCAGCACAAGAGGCUGUUAAACUGUAUAAUAAUCAUGAAAUUCGUUCCGGAAAGCACAUUGGUGUCUGCAUCUCAGUUGCCAACAAUAGGCUUUUUGUGGGCUCUAUUCCUAAGAGUAAAACAAAGGAACAGAUUCUUGAAGAAUUUAGUAAAGUGACAGAGGGUCUCACAGAUGUCAUUUUAUAUCACCAACCGGAUGACAAGAAAAAAAACAGAGGCUUUUGCUUUCUUGAAUAUGAAGAUCACAAAACAGCUGCCCAGGCAAGGCGUAGGUUAAUGAGUGGUAAAGUCAAAGUCUGGGGAAAUGUUGGAACUGUUGAAUGGGCUGAUCCCAUAGAAGAUCCUGAUCCUGAAGUUAUGGCAAAGGUAAAAGUGCUGUUUGUACGCAACCUUGCCAAUACUGUAACGGAAGAAAUUUUAGAAAAGUCAUUUAGUCAGUUUGGGAAACUGGAACGAGUGAAGAAGCUAAAAGAUUAUGCUUUCAUUCAUUUUGAUGAACGAGAUGGUGCUGUCAAGGCUAUGGAAGAAAUGAAUGGUAAAGACUUGGAGGGAGAAAAUAUUGAAAUUGUUUUUGCUAAGCCACCAGAUCAGAAAAGGAAAGAAAGAAAAGCUCAGAGGCAAGCAGCAAAGAAUCAAAUGUAUGAUGAUUACUACUAUUAUGGUCCACCUCAUAUGCCCCCCCCAACAAGAGGUCGAGGGCGUGGAGGUAGAGGUGGCUAUGGAUAUCCUCCAGAUUAUUAUGGAUAUGAAGAUUAUUAUGAUUAUUAUGGCUAUGAUUACCAUAACUAUCGUGGUGGAUAUGAAGAUCCAUACUAUGGUUAUGAAGAUUUUCAAGUUGGAGCUAGAGGAAGGGGUGGUAGAGGAGCAAGGGGUGCUGCUCCAUCCAGAGGUCGUGGGGCUGCUCCUCCCCGUGGUAGAGCCGGUUAUUCACAGAGAGGAGGCCCUGGAUCAGCAAGAGGCGUUCGUGGUGCGAGAGGAGGUGCCCAACAACAAAGAGGCCGCGGGGUACGUGGUGCAAGGGGUGGCCGCGGUGGAAAUGUAGGAGGAAAGCGCAAAGCUGAUGGGUACAACCAGCCAGAUUCCAAGCGGCGCCAGACCAAUAAUCAGAACUGGGGCUCCCAACCCAUUGCUCAGCAACCGCUCCAAGGUGGUGAUCACUCUGGUAACUAUGGUUACAAAACUGAAAACCAGGAGUUCUAUCAGGAUACUUUUGGGCAACAGUGGAAAUAGAAACAAUAGGGCACCUGUAAAAUUGGAGACUGAUAGGUUGACCAGAAAGUGGCCCUAAAUCUGAACAGGUGCCAUUAUAAUUUGAGACAUCUGGCAAGAUUUUCCCGUUAUGUAUAUAUUUUAACAAUCCGCUUGGACACAAACAAAGCCACACUUCUAACUAACUGCUUCUGGCAAACUGAUUUAUUUUUACUUUUAAUUUUUUCCAAUAAAGCAGGGAAAAGGGGUCGAGGCCGGUCCUGACCUGUUACAAUGAAGACUGACUUGCUAUGUGGGAUUACACCAGAAGCUUGCAGUGGAGUAAUGGUAAGGAAAAUCAAGCAACCUUAAAUAUCUCGGCUGUAUAGGAGCAUAUUCUAUUGCAGAAGACCUUCCUAUGAAGAUCAUGGAAUCAAAUACGGGACAUUGAACUAAUACUUGGACUUUGAUAUGAAUUUCUUUAACAAUUUUCUCUGCAGUGCAAGUUAUUAAACUAAAGCUACUCUAUUUUCCAAAUGUGUUCCAACAAAAAUCCUUCAUAACUUCUAGCAUGGUAUCUUAAUAAAGAAUAAAGUUCUUCUCUUUAAAAAAUCUGCUCUAAGUAGAUUUUUCCCCUCUUUUUUUUAAUUAAGGAUCUCAGCAGUGGUAUUCUGAAAUAUUCUCUUGAAUUUGUGCAUUUAAAUUUUAUUGCAGUGAUAUAGAUGAAUGCCACUGUUGGUACCCUUAAAUUUUAUUUCUGCUCACCAAGGUUAAUCAUGAUUGUCUAUAUCUUUUUUAUAGUAAUCACUUUUGAAUUGUGUUCAGAUGCAGUUUCAGGUGUAAUCAUCAGAGCUGGUUAGUCAGGCAUUCCAGAUAGUGGUUCUUUUCAGAACCUUUUUUAAAGGGUUGGUUAACUACCUCAGUAGCAGAGGAUUGAACUAUACCCUGUCUGUACUGUACAUAGAAAAUCUUUGUAGAUAAAAGCAAGGCUUGUUAAAUAUGAUAUGAGGGUAAGAUUUUAAUAAACCAAAUGUAACAUUCUUAGUUGCCUUUAGUUUCAGAGGCUUGUAAGACUUCCUCAUGACCAUCAUAACAGGCCUUGCUUUUGUCGUAUUUUGUGGCUGAAAAAGCAGCCUUGCUUCUUCAGAUAUUGUAGUUAUUUGGAUGUAUAAUAGUUUAGCAAGAUGUUACUUUUGUAAGACAUCAGAUGUUCAAAAAAGUGCAUCCGAACUUGUACUAAAUACUGCAGUGUCCCUUUAUAAAAAGUCAGACUAAAACUGACAAUUGUACAGCAAAGCCUGACAUUUGGAUAUUUUGAAGUUUUUUCAUAAAUCAUAGAAAUUAGUAUAUGGCUGUAGUUUAGCUUUUUAGGUAAAAGGUAUGUUUCAUUAGUGCAUUUGUUACUGCUGAUCACUAUAAAAAUGUGAAUCAGCUUUCCAUUUCUUAUGCAGGUCAUGAUAACUUGUAGAAUAGAGUACAAUCAUUUGUGCUAUGUUUUUAAUUUUCUAAAGCACCUUGAUGACAGUGAGUGUUCAGUGGUGAAGCAUCCUCUAUUGAAUCACCCUCAAAAAAUUUUUUGCCAAGUCCUAAGUUGAUAGCUUAAAGUCAAAAGUAAAAUGAUAGUUUAAGUAGGACUUGGUGUAAAGAAAUACCUUCUCCCCUUCCCCAAAGGGAUACUGCAGUUAUAUCACAUACCCAAUAGGCACCACGAUGAAGAUCAGAGCUUAUACCUAAUUAAGGUUUUAUACACACCAGUUCCCCAGUAAAUGCAAAUUUAACAAGAAAAUUAGACAUGUCAUAUGUUCAAAAUGCUCAUGGCAAACAAUCAUUUUUGCAUUCCUGCAAAUAAAAUUGUUUUAUACUGUAAGCUGGAGGCGAGUGUAACUUAUUUUUGUAAUAAAGUUUUUAUUUUUUUUAUGUGUCAUUAAUAUAAAUGUGUGUUAGUAUAGCAAAUCUUCUGGUUUAAAAACUUAGAAUUGCACACAUUUCAGUAUGUUCAUUUGUACUUACAUAAUUCUAGAAUAGUGGUUGCCAAUAGCCUGUAUGUUUCCCAUUAAUUGGUUUUUUUUUCUUUAUUUUUUUGUUACCUUAAUAAACCAUUUUAGUAUGUUGUAUGUCAGUUACUGGGAUAGCUGGGGCAUAGAGUGUAAUUUAAAAUUUGUCAAUAAGUAUUCAUUGGAAUAUAUGUAAAUGUGCCUUGCCGGUUGUUGAAACUUACCUACAAAAUGAGUAUGGGGUGACAAAAAUUUGUUCCUGGUGCUUAAUGAAACUUUCUUCCACUGAUUUUAUAUAUAACCCUGUGCUUUUUAAAAGUACAUCUCUCAAAUCGUAAGUUUGAGGGCUACACAAAACAUGUACAUUUCAUUCUGACAUAGUAAGUACACUAGGUCGUGGAAAGUGGGUCAAUUAUAUGUAGCCUUCAGCAAAAUCGAAUCUCAGUGUAAUCCUUGGUGCUGGCACUUCCCAGGUCCAAGGAGUAAAAUGAUCCCAUCUAAGAGGUCAUUGCCAUGCCUAUUGGCGCUUAACUGUCAUACCAUUUUUAACGGACACUGUCAAGGUCUUUUAGUUAAUUCCUGGAUUUAUUUGUUGGGAAGCUAGAACAGGUUGUUUGACUUAACUGCAUUGACAAAGUUGAAAGAUGAACACUUUUGUGGGUUCACAAAUGUGUUCUUUAAAAAAACAUUGGAGUAUUGAGCUCUGUGGGUUUCUAAGACUUGGCUAUUUUAGUUUGGGGACAUGGGAGGGAAAACUGAUUAAAAAAUUGUGAAGAAUUGAUGGUUAUACUUAAGGGUAAUGUAAACAGUGGUGAUGAAAUACAAACUCAAGUGAAAAUACUUGACAGUGUUCAUUUUAAUGACUUUGAAUUUAAGCCAUUAUAAUUACUUUUAAAAUUAAAUAUCAUUUGCACUGUUCUGAUAA